AAGGCAACAAAAACACGCAAGACAGCUAGCAUUUCCUACGUAAAUUUCCAACCAUGGUUGAAGGACCGGGCUGCAAAGUUAAGGGGGAACUUAUGAAGAAAAGAAUAAAAGGCAAGACUAUUGUCAAUACAGUAGCUGAGAAGAAAGGGGUUGCCAAAGAUAUCAGCACACGUUUUGUUCAACUGCAUGGAUUACAAGUUUCUGACAUUCGAACGUUGGGCAAGGAACUAUUUAUUUUCAUGGCACAGAGUCCUUUUUGCAUUCGCAUACACUUUCUUAUGGAUGGAUCUGUAAGAUAUGGAGAUAGCAAAGAUAAGAACGCUCAAACUUCUGAACCUUGUCUUACAAUCUUUUUUAAUGACACAAAACUUUUUGUCUUUAAAAGCUCAAUUGAUGUAAGAUUGGCUGAUGAAAGUUCACAGCAUUGCGAUGAACUUGCAGAUCUUGAUAUUAAUGCAUCUAGCUUCAACUUCAAAAGGGCACAAAAAGAGAUUGAGAAACAGCAGUCGGAGCUGAUAUGUGAUGUUAUCAUGGAUCAAAUGGUGCUUCCUGGUGUCGGCAACAUAAUAAAAAAUGAGGGAUUGUUCAAGAGUGGUAUCAAUCCAAUUUCACAAGUAAAGGACCUUUCAUCAAGUCUUAUUGGUUGCCUCAUUCACCGUCUCAGAGAUUUUUCAGCUGUAUUUUACACGUGCCGUAAAACGAACAAGCCACUGAAACCCCAUAUGUGCAUUUAUGAGAAAACUAAAUGUCCUCAAUGUGAUAGCCAAGUGACUGUGUGUAAGCCAGGAAAUUUAAAGAGACUUACAUUUUUCUGCAGUAAAUGUCAAGUUAAUUCAAGCUUAAAUCUUCCUAAGAAAAAUUCCUUGCUGGGGUUUUUGCAAUUAUCCGAUGUGUCUACUGUCCAAAAAACUUGGGAGUGUCCACGUUGUACUUAUCUCAAUGAUUCUGCAUCGCCGACUUGCAUCAUGUGUUUGUGUCAGAAACCUUAUAACAGCGACAGGGAGCAUAACUUUUCAAGUGAAGAGCUUCAACCUCAAACCUUGGUUAAAAGAGACGAAGAACUCAAGAUAGAAAAAAGUAGGGAGUGUCCUCAUUGUACAUUUCUUAAUGAUUCUACAUCUGCGACAUGCAUUAUUUGUUCUGGUCAGAUGCCUGAUAUCAGGAAACGGAAGUUAUCAAAUGAAGAUUCACAGCCUCAAAUCUUGGCUAAGAAGGAGAAAAAAGAAAUCAAGAUACAGGAAAAAGCAGUGGAUGUUGCUAGAAAGAGAGUAGAAAAUGGUGACAGGAAAAUACCUCUAUGCCCCGGACAUGGCAAGAAUUGUUCUGUCAGGUCAGUGAAACGACCCGGAGAAAACUUGGGCCGCCUGUUUUAUACUUGUAGUUUAGGAGGUAACAAACAAUGUAAAUAUUUCCAGUGGGCUGACCUUCAUCAUCCCUUAUGCAAACACGAAAAACGAUCAAUUUUGCGCAGAGUGUUGAAACAGAAUGAAAACAAUGGUAGGGAAUUUUAUUGCUGUCCACUUCCCAAGAAAGACCAGUGUGACCUGUUUCAAUGGGCAUAGUGCACGCAAAAGCCAGAAGAUAUGAGUAAGGAGGUAGUAGAAAAAGAGGUAAAAUAGUUUUCUAGUCAGUAUAUGUAUACCAGUAAGAAAAGGAAUAAUCCAUUUGUUGAGAUAACAUUUAAUUAUAUUACCUUAACCACUUAUACAUUAAUUUCAUCAUAGGGAGUAGUUUUUGACUUCACAGGGACCUGGAGAAUAUCAUUGUUAGAUUUUUGAAACCUUCACUGAAACAGCUGCUAAGUUUAUGGACAUACCACAUAGUACAUACUUGUUCUAGAUUUCAAAUAAAUUGCAUAGGUAAAGAAAAUGUCUCAAAUCAAGUUUUCUCUUCAAUCUCUUCAGGAAAAUUUGGCCGAGGCGGUGCAGAUUUGCACUUGUCCCUUGUCCAUAGAAACUAAAAGAUAUUCAUAGAGAACAAUUUCUUAAAAACUCAAGUAUCACAUAACUGACAAAAAGCAUAUUUCACUAUGCUUUGUUAAUUUACAGAGAAAAUUAAAAUAAAUUAACUACAUAUCAUUUCAGAGCAGUGUUAAGGUACAAAAUAUGAUAGGAAGAAUUUGUAGAACCAGCUCUUCCGUAGUACUUUUUCAAUCCUUUCUUCUUGUUUUUUUUAUUAAUUUUUUUAAGAGAAAAGUCAACAUUCAAAGAAGAACUUGAAAAUCUAUUUGUACACCUCCUGUUAUUCUGUUGAUGAACCUGGUAGCUUAUUUCCCUUCCAUGUGUAAUACAUUUCAAUUGGCUUA